CGCCGCCGCCGCCCCGCCCCGCCCCGGCGUUGUCGCAGGCGCUGUAGUGGGAGAAGCGCGGCCCCGGAAUGGGCAGCAAGGGGGACGCGAGCGGCGAGUGCACCGCGGCUGCGCUGCGGGUGACAGGGAUUUGCUAUAAAAUGGGCCUUCUGAUAGUACUCACUGGACUUUGGCUGUUCUCCUCAGUAGAGGCAGAUUCAAAAGCUAUUACAACCUCUCUUACAACAAAAUGGUUUUCCACCCCAUUGUUGUUAGAAGCCAGUGAGUUUUUAGCAGAAGACAGUCAAGAGAAAUUUUGGAAUUUUAUAGAAGCCACUCAGAAUAUUGGAUCAUCAGAUCAUCACGGUACUGAUUCUUCCUAUUAUCACGCAAUAUUGGAAGCUGCAUUUCAGUUUCUGUCUCCUCUGCAGCAGAAUUUGUUGAAAUUUUGUCUGUCUCUUCGUUCCUACUCGGCCACAAUUCAAGCUUUCCAGCAGAUAGCAGCUGAUGAACCUCCACCAGAAGAUUGUAAGUCCUUUUUUUCAGUGCAUGGAAAGACGACUUGUGAUUUUGAUGCCCUUGAGACUCUUAUACUAUCAGCAUCUGAAAGACCCAGACCUUUAUUGUUCAAAGGAGAUCACAGAUAUCCCUCUUCUAAUCUUGAAAGCCCAGUGGUGAUUUUCUACUCUGAGAUUGGCCACGAGGAAUUUUCUAAUAUCCACCAUCAGCUUAAAUCAAAAAGCAGUGCAGGCAAAAUCAAUUAUGUAUUCAGACAUUAUGUAUCUAAUCCCAGGAAGGAGCCUGUUCACCUCUCUGGCUACGGUGUGGAGUUGGCCAUCAAGAGCACUGAGUACAAGGCCAAGGAUGAUACUCAGGUGAAAGGAACUGAGGUAAAUGCCACAAUGAUUGGUGAAAAUGAUCCUAUUGAUGAAGUUCAAGGAUUCCUCUUUGGAAAGUUAAGAGACCUGCACCCUGACCUGAAGGGACAGUUGAAAGAACUCAGGAAGCAUCUUGUGGAGAGUACCAAUGAGAUGGCUCCUUUAAAAGUCUGGCAACUACAAGAUCUCAGUUUCCAGACUGCUGCUCGAAUCUUGGCUGCUCCUGCUGAGUUGGCAUUGGUGGUUAUGAAGGAUCUUAGUCAAAAUUUCCCUACCAAAGCCAGAGCAAUAACGAAAACAGCUGUGAGUUCAGAACUUAGGACUGAAGUGGAAGAGAAUCAGAAGUAUUUCAAGGGAACUUUAGGAUUACAGCCUGGAGAUUCAGCUCUUUUUAUCAAUGGACUUCAUAUUGAUUUAGAUACACAGGAUAUAUUCAGUCUGUUUGAUGUGCUACGGAAUGAAGCUCGGGUAAUGGAGGGUCUGCAUAGACUGGGAAUAGAAGGCCUAUCUUUGCAUAACGUUUUGAAGCUAAACAUCCAGCCCUCUGAGACCGACUAUGCAGUAGACAUCAGGAGUCCUGCUAUUUCAUGGGUCAACAACCUGGAGGUUGACAGCAGGUAUGCUUCAUGGCCUUCUAGUCUACAAGAGUUGCUGCGGCCCACUUUUCCUGGUGUUAUCCGGCAGAUCAGGAAGAAUUUGCACAACAUGGUUUUCAUAGUUGAUCCUACACAUGAGACCACAGCAGAGUUAAUUAACACGGCGGAGAUGUUCCUCAGCAAUCAUAUACCGUUAAGAAUUGGUUUUAUCUUUGUGGUUAAUGACUCUGAAGACAUUGAUGGGAUGCAAGAUGCUGGAGUGGCGGUUUUAAGAGCGUAUAAUUAUGUUGGCCAAGAAGUGGAUGAUUAUCAUGCCUUCCAAACUCUGAUACAUAUCUAUAACAAAGUGAGGACUGGAGAAAAAGUGAAAGUUGAACAUGUAGUUAGUGUCCUGGAGAAGAAAUAUCCGUAUGUAGAAGUGAAUAGCAUUUUGGGGAUUGAUUCUGCUUAUGAUCGAAAUCGGAAGGAAGCAAGAGGCUACUAUGAGCAGACUGGAGUGGGUCCACUGCCUGUUGUUCUGUUCAAUGGAAUGCCCUUUGAAAAGGAGCAGCUAGAUCCUGAUGAGUUGGAAACCAUCACAAUGCACAAAAUCCUGGAGACUACAACCUUCUUCCAAAGAGCGGUGUACUUGGGUGAACUAUCCCAUGAUCAAGAUGUAGUGGAAUAUAUCAUGAAUCAGCCAAAUGUUGUUCCACGGAUCAACUCUAGGAUUUUGACAGCUGAGCGAGAGUACCUGGAUUUAACCGCUAGUAAUAACUUUUAUGUGGAUGAUUAUGCUAGAUUUACUGCCUUGGAUUCCCAAGGCAAGACUGCUGCCAUAGCCAACAGCAUGAACUACCUGACAAAGAAAGGAAUGUCCUCCAAGGAAAUCUAUGAUGAUUCUUUUAUUAGGCCAGUCACUUUUUGGAUUGUUGGGGAUUUUGAUAUCCCUUCUGGACGGCAGUUAUUGUAUGACGCUAUUAAACAUCAGAAAUCCAGUAACAAUGUCAGAAUAAGCAUGGUCAAUAAUCCUAGUGUGGAGAUAAGUUACGAGAACACGAAGAUCUCCAGAGCAAUCUGGGCAGCUCUCCAGACACAGACCUCCAACUCAGCCAAGAACUUCGUCACCAAGAUGGUCAAGGAGGAGACCGCAGAGGCCCUGGCCGCAGGAGCUGACAUUGGGGAGUUCUCCGUCGGGGGCAUGGAUUUCAAUCUUUUUAAAGAGGUCUUUGAGUCUUCCAAAAUGGAUUUCGUUUUGUCUCAUGCCGUGUACUGCAGGGAUGUUCUGAAGCUGAAGAAGGGACAGAGGGCAGUGAUCAGCAAUGGAAGGAUCAUUGGGCCAUUGGGGGAGAAUGAGCUCUUUAAUCAAGACGAUUUCCACCUUCUAGAAAAUAUCAUCUUAAAAACCUCAGGACAGAAAAUAAAAUCUCAUAUUCAACAGCUUCGGGUUGAAGAAGAUGUGGCAAGUGACCUGGUAAUGAAGGUGGAUGCUCUCCUAUCGGCUCAACCAAAAGGAGAUGCAAGAAUCGAAUACCAAUUCUUUGAAGACAGACACAGUGCAGUUAAACUGAAGCCAAAGGAAGGUGAGACAUACUUUGAUGUUGUGGCUGUUGUCGACCCUGUCACCAGAGAAGCACAGAGACUUGCUCCAUUGCUCUUGGUUUUGACUCACCUGAUAAACAUGAAUCUAAGAAUAUUUAUGAACUGCCAAUCUAAACUUUCUGACAUGCCUUUAAAAAGCUUUUACCGUUAUGUCUUAGAACCAGAGAUCUCCUUUACUUCAGAAAAUAGCUUUGCUAAGGGUCCAAUAGCAAAGUUUUUGGAUAUGCCACAGUCCCCACUGUUCACGCUGAAUUUGAACACACCUGAGAGUUGGAUGGUAGAAUCUGUCAGAACGCCAUACGAUCUUGAUAACAUUUAUCUCGAAGAGGUGGACAGCAUAGUAGCCGCUGAGUACGAGCUGGAGUACCUGUUGCUAGAAGGUCACUGCUAUGAUAUCACCACAGGCCAGCCCCCACGAGGACUGCAGUUCACUUUAGGAACGUCAGCCAACCCCGUCAUUGUCGACACCAUUGUCAUGGCCAAUCUGGGCUACUUUCAGUUGAAGGCCAACCCUGGAGCUUGGAUCCUUAGACUGAGGAAGGGACGCUCUGAAGAUAUUUAUAGGAUCUAUAGCCAUGAUGGAACAGACUCUCCUCCUGAUGCCAAUGAGGUGGUAGUUGUCCUCAAUAACUUCAAAAGCAAAAUCAUUAAAGUGAAGGUUCAGAAGAAGGCAGACAUGGUGAAUGAAGAUUUGCUGAGUGAUGGAACGAAUGAGAAUGAAUCUGGAUUUUGGGAUUCCUUCAAAUGGGGCUUCACAGGAGGACAGAAGACUGAGGAAGUGAAACAGGAUAAAGAUGAUAUAAUUAAUAUUUUCUCUGUUGCAUCUGGUCAUCUCUAUGAACGAUUUCUUCGCAUAAUGAUGCUUUCAGUGCUGAAGAAUACCAAGACUCCUGUGAAAUUCUGGUUCUUGAAGAAUUAUUUGUCUCCUACAUUUAAGGAGUUUAUACCUUACAUGGCAAAUGAAUACAAUUUCCAGUAUGAGCUUGUUCAAUACAAAUGGCCCCGGUGGCUCCAUCAGCAGACUGAAAAACAGCGCAUCAUCUGGGGUUACAAGAUCCUCUUCCUUGAUGUUCUUUUCCCACUAGUUGUUGACAAAUUCCUGUUUGUCGAUGCUGAUCAGAUUGUGCGAACAGAUCUGAAAGAGUUAAGAGAUUUCAAUUUGGAUGGUGCUCCUUAUGGCUACACUCCUUUCUGUGACAGCCGAAGAGAAAUGGAUGGCUACAGGUUCUGGAAGUCAGGGUACUGGGCCAGUCAUCUGGCUGGACGGAAGUAUCACAUCAGUGCACUGUAUGUUGUGGAUUUGAAGAAGUUUAGGAAAAUAGCUGCUGGUGACAGACUCAGGGGACAGUACCAAGGUCUGAGUCAGGAUCCUAACAGCCUUUCAAAUCUUGAUCAAGAUUUGCCCAAUAACAUGAUUCAUCAGGUGCCAAUUAAAUCACUCCCUCAAGAAUGGCUGUGGUGUGAAACGUGGUGUGACGAUGCUUCUAAGAAAAGGGCAAAAACAAUCGAUUUGUGUAAUAAUCCAAUGACCAAAGAGCCCAAGCUGGAAGCAGCCGUGCGAAUCGUCCCAGAGUGGCAGGACUAUGACCAGGAGAUCAAACAGCUACAGAUCCGCUUCCAGAAGGAAAAAGAAAUGGGAACGCUGUAUAAGGAGGAGACCAAAGAGUCGAGCAAAGAGGGACCUCAGAAACGGGAAGAGUUAUGAUCGCUGAGAGGAUAGGAGAUGCCCCAUUUGGAGAACAGUUUUGUACUAAGCUCUAGUUUUUCUGAUCUGUCUAUAAACUGCUGAUGGCUGGGCAGGCCUGGCGUCUCUUGACCUGAGCACCUGCUGCGACUUCUGCACACCUGUGGGCGCUGGAGCUCUCUGGGGUGUGGCACCGCUGGUUCUAGGCCCAAGACAAUGGCGGUAGCAGACCUCUGGGACUCUGUAAAGAGCCUUCUGCCGAGCAGGGGGUGGCAGCUGCAACUGGAAGAUGCCGAAUCCCUUGUGCCCACACCUAAGAGCACACACAUGCUGCACCGUCACGGGAGGCAGGCCUGCCGGAGCUGCUGCGGUCUUCCUUACCUCAGUUUACCUGCAGCCUGUGCUGCCCUGCAGAUGCCCACCCUGCAGUGGGUCAAGCUGGCAAAGCUUUGUCCAAGGUCCACCUGCCCAAGGGCCAUGCCGAUGUGCUCCUCAUGCCUGCCUUGCGUUCUCUUCCCGGCCGUUAGGUUCAUCGUGUAAUCAAACCCAACCAGCAGUCACGUGUCUUCAGAGCUGGCACGGUGCAGCCGCUGAGCUAAUUAAUUUGGGACAGGAUGGGGAUGGGGUGGGUGAGAGCAGGGAGAAACCAGGAGUGGGGGCCUCUGGGUUGUUGAGGGAAUAGAGGAAGACCAGCAAUGGCCUUUGUCCUUCAUAAACCAUCAGUACAAACGUUGCUGACCUGAAGUGAAAACAUUAUCACCCCACACCCAACCCUGGUGAACUUUUUAGGCAAUUGUUUUAUAAAUAAUUUUUGUACUUGUGAAAGUCUUUCCUUUUGCCUCUCACUUUCUAAAAAGUCUUCUAUCAAUUUUCUCACUGGAUACAGCCAUAUAAGCCCCUCUAGUGAUCCUUCGGGAUAAUUGGCACGUUGGCCUCUCCUGUGUGGGACCUUCGUAGACAGAGGGCACAUUGGCUUGAACUUUUCUCUGCAGGACUUAAGACCAGGAAAGACUCUGACUGUGGAACUUGGGCUUUUCCAUAUGCUGUCCUGUAUUCCCUUUAUUUUUACACCGUGGAUCACCUUUGGCUUGCUGAAUCUACCAGCCCCGCACCAGCUCUGAUGUCGGUUGGCCCCAUCAUGCUGCCUGCUGGUCUCUGGUGGUGGCUGCGUGUCUUCAUGGGGGCAGUUUAGGAUUGCUGCCAGGUGGGCUGGGGAGUCUCUAGGUCUGUCACUGGGACUAGUAGGGUCUUGGCUCUGCCCAGGCCGCUGGCUCUGCAGCACCAGUUUCCAAGGAACCAGGCUUUUUCUUGCAUAUUUUGCCUGCUUUUUAAUAUGGAAGGAGAGGUUGUGCAGGGUAGCCAGGUUCUCUCCCUUCUAAGCCAGGUAAUAUAUUGAUGUAUAGUUUUUUUAAAAAGCAUCAUGUUAUUUAUUUUUCUCGUGUUUAAAUGCAAAAGUUUACUUAGAAGCCUCCCAGCAUCUGAAGGAGCUUUUGACUUUGUUUUAAUAAUUCCAUUAAAAAUUGGAGAGGUGAGAGCUCAAAAGAGAACUAGAUAAAUAAAUUGAUCUGAGACUGCAGAGGGCCCCUGAGUGCCCUUGACAGAGGCUGUCCUUACCCUGCUCAGAGCAGCUGAAGGAGUAGGAGCAGUGACACUAAGAAAAUCAGUCUGGUGUCAUCCUCACAUUUUAUUAAGCCUUCAGAGAGGCUGCUGCCACCAGACCAGGAGCAGAAAUGUGCAUUUUCCGAGUGUGUGGUCUGGGAGGGGGGCCCGGGAUGCACAGGUCACUGGGCUGUGCUUUUCAAAUGCUGGUUCCUGGAGGAUGUGGAACUGGCCACUUUUCUCUGCGUAUUUCUUCCAAGUGUCUUAGGCAUUUGAAGGGACUUCAGAAAGUUUAUGGAGACAUGGGAUUAAUGUAUGAUUUAUAAAUUUUUUUUACAUCCAUGCAUAAUUUCCUCAUAAGCACUUUCCAUGAACUUUCUGAAGACCCCGCUUAUUCUGUGUAAGGAGGGUGCAGAUUGAGUGUCCUAUGUCACUUACUGCCCCUUAUCUGUCACCACCGAGCCACCAUCUUAAUGGCCGACUGAAUCAUGUGAGACCCAGCUUCUGAAAUAGUCCAGGCCCCUUUCUCCUCCUGCCACUUUCUGUUCUUGCCCCAUGUGGCAUAAUCACCUUUCAGAAUUGACCUAGUGCUCUAGGAAAUCAUGUCACCACUGAGAUGAAGUCUUGGUCAGCUUUGUCAUCUCUGUUACAAGAAAGUGUGUACCGUGAUCAAAAAGAGAAGUGAGCUUUCUUUCCGAGAAGCAGGAAUUGAUUGUGUCGAAUGUUCAAGCCUCUGGAAUCUGCCCUCUGUGUUGUGCUUAAGCUCUAGUGCGAGUGAGGGGUUUUAAUUCUCGUCACACCGUAAUGGAAAAUCUUGCUGAACUGUUCAUGGCUGAGUAGUGGAAUAACGUGACGUGUCACAGUGGCAUGCCUGCAGUCGUGUGAGCCUGCUCGGAUGCAGUGUGCACAGUGACAGCGACAGCCCGGCCCUGCUACUUUCUGCUGGGCCAUGGGGCACUCAUGGGCAGGGCCUCUAAAAGUGGAGGAGGGUGGGGGCAUGCUGCUUUCCCAUAGGUGAUGAAGUGAGUUUGUCAAGACGUCGCGUUUCGAAUUCAACCACACAGACCUCAUGUUUCUGUUGGGUGCACGAGCAUCACAGGAGGCCCAUGCAGGGUGUGAACUUAGACCUCGGAGAGCGCAGAUCACAUGUGUUCUCUGUGUUAAGAAAUGUUUUCCAUAGUGGGAGCUUAGUUUACUCUCCUGUCCUUAGUCCUCAUGUUCAGGACCUCAUCAAGCCCUGCCUGAAUGAACAACUUUCAUCUAGUGGUGGGGACCAAGUUCCUAAAUGAAGGGCUGAGGGCUAGGGAUGGUAAUGCGGUGUGGGGAGGAAACUGGUCCAGUCGAUAGGGAAGAAGGAAAUCCAGCUUCCUUUAGCCAGAAGUUACACUUCCCUGACGCAGUUGGGAACAGGUCAGAUACCACUCUCAGGACAAGGAGUCUCAAGUGACUUUGCCUCUCUGUGACAUUUUGCCGCUGUGCCAUCUCGGUCCUCCACCUCUCUCCACGAGUGCAUUCAGAUACUUGAAAAUAAUCACUUUCCAAAAUUGCCAUGCUUGCUGUCUCUUUAAAAGAAAUACAUCCCCUCAAGGGUUUAAUGAGGGCAAGGGGUGGGGGGUGGGGUGAGUUACAGGGAAAUUCUAAUUGCUUUUGUUGAGUUUAUUUACUUACCUUUUCCAUGAGUGAAAGAGACAACACCCCCAACAGGGUCUUGACACUACCAUCCACCUCUGGCACCAACCAGCCCUGGGUCAUGGGCACGUGCAUGCCCAGUGUACUCAGGAAGUCCGGGCACAAACGAGGAACCUCCCCAUGUGGGCAGCCUCAGUGCUGUGCUGUCCAAAUUCAUGGAAAUGUACUGGCAAGGCCACCUGAUGGAAACUUUCUCUUGGUAACAAAAAUGAAGAGUGAAUAAUAAACGGUGUAUUAUGUGCAACGUUUUUAAUAUAUUCCAUUGUGUCAUUUAAUCGUUUUUAAGCUACUUGAUUUUAUGCGAACAUUUUUGUCGGUUUAUCUGAGUCAAUCACCUUAAUAUAGCUUGUCAUGUGUCUAGUUUGGUGGGGUAACAUUUUUAAAUUUAAAUUCAUAGUUUCUCUGCCUUGACAUAGAAAAAGAUCCUAAUCAGAACUUUGGCAAUUACCUGAUUUUAUUUGAGCAAAUUAAACAUCAUUAACUCUGGUGGUUAUUGGUGUCUGGAGGAUACAAAUCUCAUUCAUUCUUUGGUCUUUGGUUUCUCUAAUUAAUGCAGAAAUGACGUGGUUAACAGUUGUAGCAGCAAGUCAGUAGAUCGAAUUAAGCGUCUCAUUCCCCCCAGGGUGUCAUCGAGUGUUGAUUGUUUAUAAACAAAACAAAACCCACAGAAUCAGCUGAGUGGCUACCUGUUGCUUGGAAGCUGUCCAUGCAGUUAAAUGCACCGGUAAUGAGUUUGCGUGGGAGGCCCUCUGCAGGCUCCCAGUCAGCCCACACUGCAGAGGCCUGUGGGACGGAAGUCGGGGGUGGCACUCGGGCCUCCCCCACCCAUAUGUCAUGCAUUGCCUUACUUCUCACCAUUUAUAUUUCCAGAGAAAAAGACACUUCCUCCCGAAAAGCUAAAUACAUUAACCUAAGGUUGACAAUUUGGGAACAGAAGAUGGUCAGGUACCAUGUUUUCUAAAUAGUCACCCAUGGAAGUAACAAGAUAAACGUGGGAAAAUAGAGGUUUUAAAAAAAAUGAUGUGCUUAAGAAACCUUUCUAGAUACCCUAUUUUACUGUACUCCUACCCAUUAAAUGCAACAUAGUGUUCAGGUGCUGAUGCCCCUUGCUCAGGAUCAGCAUCGGGGUUGUAAAGGUCAGCAGCAUCUCUGUGUUGGAGGGAACCGAGAAAGAAUUUCCUGGUACUGUAAUGAAAACAAGAUCUCAACACAAUAAACUUUUUUCUCUCUUCUUA